CUGAUAUGAAGUAACAGAUUUACGAACGCGAUUUGUGAGUAAAUUAGUUUGGUAUUGAAAUUGACACACAUUUGUAUCAACACGUCUGGUUCAUGAAAUUGUACCACAAAAGUCUCAGUGAUGUUCCAAAAGCUAAAAAAAGUUCUGGUUAUAUAUGUGGGAGGUACUAUUGGGAUGCAGAAGAAUGACGAUGGAGUUUAUUCUCCGGUCGCCAAUACUUUCUUGCACAAAGUCAAAUAUCACUCAGAGAUGCAUGAUGCAGAUCUGGCAAAGCAAUACUUUCCACAUUUAAAGGAGAAUGAGUUAGUAUUACCUGUGUAAGUAUUUCUGACUUAAAUUGUCAGUGGUGUGAACAUAAUCACAUUUCACCACCUAAUGGACUAACAUUGUGAUUGGCCAAAAAGUGACUAUAAAAUGAACUUUGUCAUACUUCUAGUGACAGUAAAACAAUGAUUCUUACCAUUUACGAAAUAGUGGAAUAUGUGCCGCUGUUAGAUUCUAGUAAUAUGGGCUGCAAGGAAUGGAUCAGAAUUGCAAAGGACAUUGAGGUAAUGAACUAAUAAGUAGAGGAUAUUGCCCGUUAUUAUGAAAGCUACGAUGGAUUUAUUAUAUUGCACGGGACAGACACAUUGGCGUUCACAGCGUCGGCACUUUCGUUUAUGCUAGAAGGUCUACGUAAGCCAGUCAUAGUUACAGGAUCACAAAUUCCCAUUUUUGAAACUAGGAGCGACGCUAAAGAUAAUUUUCUAUCGUCACUAAUACUAGCGAGCUAUGGAAGAGUGCCAGAAGUAUGCGUAUUUUUUGCCAGCAAGUUAUAUAGAGGCAAUAGGGUUACCAAAAUGAGUUCUGAUGAAUUGGAGGCUUUUGGUUCACCGAAUUAUAAUACCUUGGCAGAUGUUGGAAUCGACGUUAAAUUUAACGACCAUUACAUAAGGCAAGUUUCACCCACAAGGUAUUUCGCACCAAUCAUAGAUCUGAAUCCGAAUGUGGGGAUUCUGGCAUUUUUCCCGACAAUGACCUGUAAUAUGCUAGAAGCCUUUUUGCAACCUCCAGUUCAAGGAUUAGUGAUUCAAACUUACGGUGCUGGUAAUCUUCCUUCUUCUAGAAAAGAUUUGAUGGACGUUUUGAGAAAUGCAGUUAAACGAAGAAUAUUGAUUGUCAAUGUCACACAGUGUUCAAGAGGGACAGUUCAGGCCGACUAUGAAACUGGAAAGGUAUUACAGGAUAUGGGCAUAAUAUUAGGUGCAGAUAUGACCGCUGAAGCAGCUUACACAAAACUGAUAUUCGUGUUGGGCUUACCAGAAUUGUCAUUUGACACAAGGGUUAAGCUAAUGAAAUCAGAUUUAAGAGGAGAAAUGACUGUAAAUAGCAAGUGCUCCUGUCGAUGAAGAAAGUUAAGGAUAGACAAAAACUGAAUUGAUACCUAAAGAUUGGCUGAGGCCUGAUAGAUCGAAUUAUUUAUCGAAACUGCAUUUUAUGUAAAUAUAUUUUUUAAUAAAGCAAGAAAAGUAA